AUGAGCAAUCAAACCUCAGUCAGCACAUUUCUUCUGUGGGGCUUUUCCAGUUUCCCAGACCUGCAAGUCCUCCUGUUUGUGGUCAUUUUAUUCUCCCAUAUAAUCAUCCUGUUUGCCAAUGUGUCCAUCAUGGUGGCCAUCAAGCUCAGCCACAAUCUUCACACACCCAUGUACUUUUUCCUCUGUGGCCUGUCCUUUUCAGAGACAUGCUCCACCAUGGUAAUCAUCCCCCGCGAGCUGGUGGACCUGCUGUCAGACAGCAAGACCAUUUCUCUUCCUGAGUGCGCCACGCAGAUGUUUUUCUUCUUUGCCUUUUCUGGCAACAACUGCUUUACCAUGGCAGCCAUGUCCUAUGACCGUUACACCGCCAUUCACAGCCCACUGCACUACACCACCCGGAUGACAGCCAAGAUCUGCUGCCAGCUCAUGGUAGCCUCUUGGAUGGUCGGGUUCCUGGUUUCUCUGUGCAUCACCAUGACUGUAUUCGACUUGUCUUUCUGUGGCUCUAAUAUCAUCCAGCACUUCUUCUGUGAUAUCGCUCCUGUGGUCUCCCUUGCUUGUGAUUCUAAUUCUUAUCAUGAAAUGAUUAUUUUUCUACUCUCUGCCUUUGUGUUAGUAGGUACUUUUAUUUUAAUUAUGAUUUCCUAUGUGUUCAUUGGAUCUGUUGUUAUGAAGAUGUCUUCUGCAAAGGGGAGGUAUAAGGCCUUCUCCACUUGCUCCUCACACCUCAUUGUAGUGUCCAUACAUUAUGGUUUUGCUGGCUCUGCGUAUUUGAAACCUAAGGACAGUAGUUCAUUCCGUGAAGAUAUGCUGAUGGCUGUGACAUACACAGUAGUGACACCUUUGCUUAACCCCAUCGUGUAUAGUCUCAGGAACAGAGAAAUGCAGACUGCCCUGAAGAAGGUUUGUGCAAGGGGAAGUCCUCGUAACAGGAGACCCUACAGGGACAGAGCAGUGGCAUGGCCACUGGAAGAGGAAGAGAGCAAAGGAAUUCACAGGAAAGAGAAAAAAGCGAGGAGUCUUAAAUAUCUAUAUGAAAUUGCAUUAGUAGCUGUGGAGACUCUGAGUCAGGGAGCACCAAACGAGUUCAGCAUCUUGGAACAUUUUAGCCCAAGAUUUGGCUUAUCCAUGGGAACACAUGCUGGAUCGUGGCCCAAGCGAGCUUUUAAUUCAUGA